AUGAGGACUCAAAUACAGAGACUCCACACAUGGAAACAAGCCUGUACAUACAUUCCUAUAACCUAUAGAAGAUUAACACCUUCGGCACUCAAGACCAAACAAAUCCGGCAAUCCUCAACCUGGAAUCCACACACGGUCCCCAAGCUCCCGAGUCAAGAGCAGGGCAUCAGCACGAACAAGAAAGAAGAUAACGGCAAACUUGAAUAUUUCCUAACAACAACCGACCAGCUCAUCAACUGGGCCCGCCAAGGCUCCCUCUGGCCCCUCACCUUCGCCCUCGCAUGCUGCGGUAUCGAAAUGAUGCAUGUCUCCAUGCCACGAUACGACCAAGACCGCCUAGGAAUCAUCUUCCGGGCCUCGCCCCGCCAAUCCGACGUCAUGAUUGUUGCGGGAACAGUAACUAACAAGAUGGCGCCGGCGUUGAGGCAGCUAUACGAUCAGAUGCCGGACCCGAAGUGGGUGAUCAGUAUGGGGAGCUGUGCUAAUGGGGGUGGAUACUAUUACUAUAGUUAUAGUGUGGUCAGGGGUGUUGAUCGGGUAGUUCCUGUGGAUAUUUAUGUGCCGGGGUGUCCGCCGACGCCGGAGGCUCUGAUGUAUGCGGUUUUUCAGCUCCAGAAGAAGAUGAGGAGGACGAAAGUGACUAGGAUAUGGUAUCGGAGGUGA